UUUUGAUUGUAACUUUGUUCUUUUGGCGUCGUUGCAAAAAUGUCGGAGAGYGAGAAACUAAGAAAGAUUUUUAUCGGUGGUUUGAACUGGGAGACAGAGGAGGAAGGCCUCAAGGACUACUUCUCGCAAUGGGGAACAAUUGUAGACUGUGUAAUUAUGAAGAAAGACGGUAAAUCCCGAGGGUUUGGCUUUGUCACAUACUCUUCGCCACAAAGCGUGGACGACGUUUUGAAGGUUCGAGGUCAUGUUUUGGAUGGACGAGACAUUGAGCCAAAGCGUUCAGUUCCUAAAGAUGAAGCUAAAAACCCCAUGGCUUUGACCAAGACUCGAAAAAUCUUCGUCGGGGGUUUAGCGAGUACMACGACCGAAGAUGACAUCAGAGAUUACUUCACAGAGGUCUGCAAGAAGGCCGGUGUAGGGCAAGUCAUAGAUGUAGAUUUAAAGAAAGACAGAGAGAACAGCAAUCGCAUUAGAGGRUUCGCUUUUGUCACCUUUGACGAUGAAGAAAUUGCAGAGAAAGUCUGUUCCAUGAAGUACCAUGAGAUUCGAAUGAAGCAGUGUGAAGUAAAGAAAGCAGAACCUCAAUCUAUGUUGAGGAAGAAACACGAGGAAGAAUAUGGCAGUGACAGAGAUAGAAGGGACAGAGACAGGGAUAGAGAUAGGGACUCGCGAGACAGGGGAGACAGAGACAGAGGUUUUGGUCCCUGGGGUCCUGGGAUGUUUGGGAUGGCUGGAUUUUUUGGCGGUAGAGAGAGCAAAGACAGAGAUCGAGAUCGAAGGGACAGAGAUCGAGACAGAGACCGUGGAAGAGAUAGCGACAUGAGCAGUUACUUUCCUUUUGGCUUCAAUCCYGCAGCAUUUGGUCCAGGWGGCUUUGGUCCAGGUUUUGGUUUUGGAGGGAUGGGCUUUAGUGGGUUUGGGCCAGGUUUUGGAUAUGGUGGUUUUCCUGGUGGAUUUGGUCCAAUGAGUGCAUUUAGUGGGUUUGGUGGUGGUAGUGAAAGAGGAGGUAGCAGUUAUGAUAAAGGAGGUUAUAGUGGUAGUGGUAGUUAUGCUAGUAAUAGUGACCGGGAUUCUGGGAAAUCUCAUUCCCCUGUGACCGGUGGAUCGACUGCAGUCAGUGGGMGAAGCAACUAUGACUCACCAUCUAGUGGUGGGUAUGGAUACCCAUUUGCAGGYAUGGGUGCUGGAAUGGGUGCUAGCCCAGCUGACUGGAGUAAUUUCCAGGCAAUGAUGAGUAGCUAUGGUUAUGGUGGUGGUGGUGGUAGUGAUAGCCAGGGACAGGGUUCUGUUGAUGCACCYUCCAAGAGUUACACUAGUGCAGGCGAUGCAGGUUUUCCUCUCAGUAACUACAACCAGAUUCAAUCAUCAUAUGGACCUAUGGGAAGAGGCGCAACUAGGGGAUCCUCGGAUGUGAAGUCUGAUCGUGGUUACCGCCCUUACUAGAUAUUACUACUGGUAAGUAACAAGUUCUUCUUGUGAGAUAUUUUGGCCUUUUCUUCCGCCCUAUGUAUAAAACUUUUUUGAGUUAUGAGAUUGUUUUCAGGAUUUUAUCAUGAUGAAAAGGUAAGUAGAUGGGUAAGUAGUAUUAUUUGUGUUUUGAAACUUUUUUUUUACUUCCAAAAUGUAAGGGAUAGUAAUCCCACUAUGGUAAAAGAUUCAGCAUGUUUAAUAUUUUUAAUAUUAUGCUUUUCAUUGCCAUUUUUUAUUUAUUUCUUUUUUUUUUCUAUUUCUCUUGCCUUAAUUUCUGAACAUCUUUGUUUCCUGACUUCCUAUCUUUUCUUCAUUUUCUUUCAUUUUUGUCUUCUUUCAUAAUCACUUUCUGUUUUUAGUACUUUUUCUGCCACAUAUAUAAAUCUUGAAAGAAAUACUGGUGAAGACAGGAAAAGGUUUUCCUGUUACAACUAUGCAUGUCAAACAGAAUUAUGGGUUAUCCUUGUAUAGGACAGUCUAUCUACAUUUAGUUGCCAUGUAAAAACCAGCUGACAAGCAUUACUUCACAGGUACAAGAAGACAGGACAGACAUUAGCCAGAAAAUCAGGCAGAGACGAAGAAUAUAGUACAAUUUAGCUGUUGGCAAGCUGGCAGUUAGUGAAGACACCAAAGAGAUGAUCCAUGUAUGCAGUAUUGUAGAGUUUCUGCAUGAUAUUAAUAGUGUAAAUGUUUAGAAUAAAUUGAUAUGGAUUUCCAAAGGAAAUUGAGUCAACACUGAAUUGCAUAGUUAAUGUACGAUAAGUAAUGCUUUGUCAUUUUCACCUGAUAGUUUCUGUAAUAUAGGUUUUUAAGUAAUUCCUGUACAAGUUUAUCAUGUAAGAGCUUAGUGUAGCAACAUUUUUGGUGCAGAGUAUAUUAUGAGUGUAUCAAUGAGACAGUCCAGUAAAUCUAAUAUAUAUUAUUAGACAUUGUGAGGGCUAUACGACAGGAAUCUCAUUUUGUAAAGAAAGUGUAACACAGAACGAUGGCAAUUUCUAAAUAUUUUAAGGUAUAAAUUAACCCUUUUUUAACUGGUUUCUUUGCUCUUCAGUCUUGAAAGUAUAUAUUUAUCAUAUUUUAUUUCUGAGGCAAAUCUGAGAAUUGUUCAUGUUCAUAAAUGGCUAUGAAAUGCACAUUCAUCAAAUUCAUUUGAAAAUGAUAUGUAUAAUUAUUAAACUGGGGCAAAGCAAGUUCUUACAUCCAUAUAUUUUUCAUUAUUUUAUUUCACAUACCUAUGAGUAUAAAAUAAUUUUGAUUUAAAUACAACUUUGUGUUAUUCUUUAUGUUUGUCAUGUGUUUUAUGUCGAAUAAAAAUUA